UCAGUUGGACUGGGUUCAAAUCUCACUGUGGUAGUUAUAGGCUGUGAUACUGUUGCAAGAUGAGAAAGGGGAGCCUUCUCCAAAUGACUGACCCAGAGACCGGGCGAUCACCAGUGAGGCUCAGAGGACAGGGUCCAAAUUCUGAGCCUGGAACAAAGAGUGUAACAGUCCUUUAUACAUUUUUAGGAAGGGUGAGAAGCACAGUUACAAUGUUAUCUCUAUUCCUAGUGGGGGCAGGGUCCUCAGCAGGCAGGCAUGCCUUAAGUUCUUAUCUUUUUGGUGCUGGCCUGCUCUUUGUAAGUAAGUUACAAAAGUCAUAAAGCAAGUCAGCAGUUUUACAAUCUAGAUCUUAGCACUUUUUGCAACUUUACACCUUUUGUCCAUGGUACAGAGUUCCCACAGAAUUUCUUCCUUUCACAGGGGCUGAGGACCCCUACCACAAUCCCAGGAAAGCAGCCUAACUUCUCUGAGCCUUUGGUUCCUUAUCCAUUAAAUGAUAAUAUCACUAUGUAUUUCACAUGGCUGUUAAGAAUUAAAAGCACUGUGUAACAUUCUAGAGUGGGAGGAUUUUGAGAUAGUCUGAAAGAAACCCCAGCAUGGAUCGGCAAUAGGACUAAUAUUGUGAACAUGAGUCUUGAGACAGACAUGGGGUUGAAUUUUGCCCUUGCCAUAACUAACUGUGUGAGUCUGGGCAUGUUAUUUAACCUACAUUAGACCCAGCCAUUGAAAACAUUUAUUGUUUACCAACUAGAGGCAAGCAGCUUCUUGCUAUGUAAUGUGGGGAUAAUAUUAGCACUACCUUCCUAGUAUCAAUGUAAACUUGAAGUCAGAUGCUCACAGUCAACUUGAGUGCCUGGCGUGCAGGAACUUCACUCAAAUAUUAGGGUAACCGAACCCAUCUGGAGGGGCUGAGAGGUUGGGGUGUAGGGACUGGGAGCUAACUCAGUGAUGCUGUAGGGAAGCAGUCCCUGAGCUUAGGGCUCUGCCUUUAGGGCAGGGCCACUAUGACCGGUGCUCACUCUGGUGCAGACAGAGGCUGGCUGGCUCCUGGCCCGCUCGAGGUGUUUCCCUUUGCCUGGUAACGGGGAGGUGUGGCUGACACAGGGCAUGGAGGGCACAGCAACUGAAAAGUGGUGGUGGAGGAGCCUCGCUCGGGAUCCCUCUGGCUCCUCCAAAUGCUGGGGACCAGCUCCCCCAGGCUGAAGGAGACAACUGCCUGCCCCCCGAGGAGGGCGUCUGGCCGCCGCCGCUGCCCCUCACCUGCGCCUACCUGCCCGCCUCUCUGCUGCUGCCCCCCAUCCAGGCCCACAAUUUCUGCAGCCGACCCUGGAGCCUGCGCGCAGGCGAGCGGGCGGCCCCGCGGGAAUACCACUGCUUCCACGGCCCGGGCGCGCCCCUGGCUGCCGCGCCGCCCUGGUGGGCCUUCCCGCCAGUCUACGGCGCGGCCCUGCCCCCGCCCCCGCCCUUCCCCACCGCCCGCGUUCCCGGGCCGUCGCUACAGGCGCCCGCGGAGGCGGGGGCGGCGGCGGCCGAGAGCUGGACGCCGUGGCCCGAGGGCAGCAGCCUGGAAGCCAAGCUGCGCUGGGGCCGCGUGGAGCGCGCGCGGGGCCCGCGCCUCGAGCUGCCGGACUUCGUGCGCCGGGAGCUGCGGCGCGCGUACGGCACGUACCCGCACACCGACGUGCGCGUCACCCGCCGCGGCGGCGAGUUCCUGCUGCAGGCGGCGCCGCGCGUCCGCGAGCCCGAGCACCGCGUGGGGAGGCGCGUGGUGCGCCGGCCUGACAGCGGCGACGGCGGUGGCAGCCGCCCCGGGAAGAGGGGAGGCCUGAGCUGACGGCGCCGCAGGGCCCUGCGGCCGGCCCGCGAGAAUGCUCGCGCCUCUCCUUCCUGCGCCUGCCGCCGCCAGCCGGCAACAGAGGGGACGGUGCACCUCACCCGUCUUUGGUUUUUUCCAUGCCUGCCCGCCUCCCGCCUCCUGCACUUCUUUAAUUUCUUUCGCAUGAUUGCUGGACGUUGGGGGAGGACGAAAAGCAAUUAAGGACAUCUCUGGGUGUUCUUUCCUUCUUGGGGCUUAGGAAGCAGAGAGUGGGGUGGUAGAAGGACCUGGACCCGCUGUUCCCUCUCUCGCUCCACCUUCCCUCCUUUUUCUCCUAAGAAGCCUGCCCUUCUGUAAGCCCCAACUUUCCCCUCCUCUCCUCCCUCUACCAGAGCUCCCCCACUCCCCGCAAAACUGAGGGAGCGACAUCCCCAACUUGUAAAGAAAAGUAAAUAAAUGAGUGAAGUCAAGUGUACACUGUGAGAUCAUUUUUAUUUUGGGGAUGGUGUUUCUUCUUUGGCGUAAAGGGAGUUUUAAAUCCCCUCUGGGAGUACGAGAAGGCAGGGCGGAUUGUUACAGUGGCCCUCUGGAGAAUGUGGGGGCCCUGACCGCUGGGCCUACCUCCCCUCUUCCCCAGCUCCCUCUAUGUUCAGGCUAACACCUACACUUCCUUGGUCCUGUGGCCCACCAUCCACAGAGAUGCUGAGGGUAGAAGCUCUAUUGUUGAAGUGUGGUAGGCAUGACUAGGGAAGGGCCGCCUGAGACCUGGGCUGAAGGCUGGCUUUGACGUUUCCUAACCUGUAACUGAAGGCUCUCUAGCCUCAGUUCCUUCAUCUGUAAAGGAGACAUAAAAUAACCCAGCCUACUUGGAAGUAAGAUGAAAGUCACUUCUUGUUUACCAAUUCUUGCUAAG